AUGACGGGCGCGCGUAGACGAAGGAAGGUGUAUGAUAACGUAAUCACUGACUCUCUCAGUCAACUACCACUCGCGAUGUCUAUGGAAGAAAGCAUCAGCUUGGAGGAGACGAACAAGAUCCGUAUCUCUCUGGGUCUCAAGCCUCUCACCGACGACAGUGCUCCUGCUGACGACAAGGACAAGCAGGCGGAGAAUAAUUAUGCUAAGCAGAGGGAGCAGGAGAACAAGGACCGUGAGGCCAAGUAAUUCAGGCGUAUCACAGACCGUAUUGCCAAAGUCAGAAACCGGCGCGAGCUCAAUGCCUCACUCAAAGGCGCCACUCUUGGCGAUGCGGAUGGCGACGACGAUACACUCAAGUGGAUCAAGAAGAGCAAGAAGCGGGAGAAGGAGCUCGCGAAGAAGAGAUUGGAAGAGCAAGAGAGCAUGGACAAGAUGUUCCAGGAGGAGUAUUCUGAACGUGAUCUGGUCGGUCUGAAGGUCAGCCACGACUUCGAAGAUCUCGACGAGGGAGACGCUCGGAUACUUACCUUGAAAGACAGUCGGAUUCUCGACAACGAAGAGGAUGAACUGCAGAACGUCGAAAUGGCUGAAGCAGAGCGCACGAAGAAGAACAAUGAGUUGAAAAUCAAGAAGAGAGACUACACAGGGUACGAUGACGAAGAGUUUACUCCUGGACAUGAGGGAAUGAAACGCUCUGUCCUUUCCAAGUAUGACGAGGACAUUGAUGGUGUGCAAGAAACCGGCUUUCGGCUCGGGAGCUCCGUGCGAAGCAAAGCAGCUAUCAUCGAAGAGGAAAAGCACACUGCAGCUGCAACAGUCAACAAAUCUCUUCUUUCUAUUGAUUACGCCAAAACUUUUUUGGACUCGGAUUAUCUGAAAGAAGGUGAUGUCGGGUUCAAAAAGCCGAAGACAAAAAAGAAACGGUCAUCGCGACGGGUGCCGGAGGUGGAGGAACCUCCGCCAGAUCAAAUGGAUGUGGAUACGAAGCCUAUCGUACCUCGUGCACGGGAUCUUGACACCAACUUUGUUGACGAUGACGAUCUGCAAGCGGCUUUGGCACGAUCUCGCAAAGCCAAGCUAAGGAAAUCCAACAAGUUGACGCCUGAACAGCUUGCUGACAAGAUCGCACAGCAAUUAGCAGCAGAACAACAGGCCCAAGCUCAAGCCCAGGUGGUUGCUACUGAUGAUGGCUUGACCUUCGACGAUACUUCCGAAUUCAUUCGUGCUGUUGGCAACAACACCGAGAUCAAGGAGGAGCCCAAGGAGUCCAAAAUUCCCCAACCUUCAUCGGCGAGAGAGGUUUCGAUGGCCCCAGGUGACGAAGCCGUUGAGGAAUUAGAAGCCGGUGAAGUGACGAUGAAAGACGAGGAUGACGAAGACGACGAGAUGGCGAUCCUGGAUGCAAUCGAAAACCUGGUGAAGAGUGUAGAGGCUGAGCAAGCUGCCGCGGAUGGCCCUGUUGACGACGGGAUCGGCGGAACCGCAUCUGAACAAACGUUCCGCUCUGGGAUGGCCGGUACACUGAAUAUUCUUCGGCAGCAAGGUGUGCUCUCUGCCCCAAGCGAGGACCAGUCGUCUCGGGAAGUAGUCCAGACGGAUCGUGAUCGCUGGCUGGCUCAACAACGGCGCGCUAUCGAACGAAGAGAAACGGAGAAAUGGCAGUCCCGAGGGGCAGCGAAAGAUCAGGCGUCGCGAGAAACAAUGAAUCGGCAACGAGAACAACAGGAGAUCCGUGAAACAGUCGAGCUGUUCAAGAACUACAAGCCCGACGUCAAUUUGGUCUACUACGAUGAAUUCGGUCGUGCGCUGACUCCGAAAGAAGCCUGGAAGGCUUUGUCGCAUCGAUUCCACGGGAAAGGGUCUGGAAAGAUGAAAACUGAGAAACGGUUGAAGAAGAUCAAAGAAGAGCAGAAACAAGCUGCGAUGGCUAGCGGAGACACGCCAUUGAGCAUGACCAAAGCUUUCCAACUUCGGCAGGAAAAGACGGGUCAGGCUCACAUGGUUUUGUCAGUCGGCAACAGAGGAGCUGUGCCUCAGGCAGCUGAGUUCUUCGACGCGCAGCCGCUAUCGAAAGCAGAGAAGGGCAAGGGAAAGAAGAAAAAAGGCUCCGACACACCUCAGCCGGUCGACACUGGCUUCAUCACCCUUCCUGCACCUCAAGUGCAGUCGUUCCUGGCUUCCAACGACAGUCCCAUCCCGUCAGGUGUCAGCUCUGUAUCAUCUGCUCCCAAGCCCGGCUUUUCUAGGAUCUCGUCGGCCGUGGAUUUACCCGUGUCCAAUGGAACCGAGGUCACUGAACGGUCAAAGGUCACAUUUGGCUUCGGAAUGAAGAGAAAAGCAGGCGAAGAUGCGCCUGGAACUCCCCCGUCCAAACGUCGCUGAUAGAGUACUUGCUUGCAUAUCGUCGUUUGUGUAUGUAUUAUGUAGAAGGGUGCAACUGAAAUGAGCAAUCGUUUGCAUUCGUGGUGCAGAAAUCCUUGAGUAAUAAGACGUUUCCUCAAAGAAUCGGUUUUCUGGUUCAAGUAAGGCACCGAAUGACGUACACUCCAGUGACGAUUGCGAUCAGUUAGAUAGAUUGCAAUGACUUAUAACAGUGUUGUGGGGCAGAUCUAGCAGCAGAUUAUCUCUGCCCUCAGACAACCUACUAAAAAUGGUCUCUG